GGGGCCGAUCGCAUCAUUGGAGAUGGAAAAUGGCUUAGACAAAAUGCUUGACAUAUUGCGGUGUACUCUUCUUUCCCUUCUUCAUGUUUUACCAAACUUUGGUUCUCACAGAGCAUGUCCGUCGUUCUACGACCCUUCAAAUGGUUUUAUCAUGAAUUUGGCAUCGUUUCAAUCCAUAACACUGGCCGGAAUGCCUAUCUCAUCAUCCUGGCGAGGACAUGUCGCAUGUUCGCCUAUGGGACAAAUUCCCUCAUACUCGCCAUAUUCUUCUCAGCACUCGGAUUUUCGGACCAUAGAAUUGGAUUGUUUAUGACAUUGACGCUACUGGGAGAUGUGUUCCUGGGUACCUUUCUCACGUUGCUUGCGGACCGCGUGGGCCGACGCAAAAUGUUGCUGGGGGGAUCAUUCCUCAUGGUCUUUAGCGGUGUGAUAUUCGCCCUGUUUGAGAAUUUUUGGGUCUUGCUGCUUGCAGCGAUACUGGGUGUGAUCAGUGUCACUGGAGGCGACUUUGGGCCGUUUCGGAGUAUCGAAGAGUCAAUGCUGUCACAACUUACAACGCCAUCGUCACGGCCCGAUGUUCUGGCGUGGUACGUCACGACCUCGACCUUAGGAUCAAGUAUUGGCAGCGAAGCGUCUGGUCGGAUUCUUCGGCAUUUGCAGGCGCGAGACGGCUGGACAGCGAUUGAUGCGUACCAUGCACUAUUUUGGGUCUACACGGCUAUGGGGUUGGUCAAUGCGGUGCUGGUACUGCCGCUGACGAAGGACUGCGAACUGGAGUCGACCGAGGAGACGUACGUGGAGCUUGCACAAGAUGAAACCGAGAACGAUGCGACAGCUGAGCAGCCUAGCGUCGAUCACGACCUCGAGGCUGCAGCCCGCAAGAGCCGUAACUGGGCAGCGAGAGUGUGGUCGUGGUUCGCGCACCGCUUCGCUCAGAUCUCCGCACCCACCAGAGCUAUCAUGUACAAGUUGUGGUUUCUCCUGGCGGUUGACUCGUUGGCCGAUGGCAUGGUGCCGUACACACUUACCAACUACUAUAUGGACAUCAAGUUUCAUCCUUCCAAAUCGGCAUUGGGCGAUGUCACCUCGAUGAGUUACUUCCUCGGCGCAAUAGGGGCGGUGUUUGCCGGUCCGCUGGCGCGCAAGAUCGGGCUCAUCAACACCAUGGUCUUCACGCACGUUCCGUCAUCGGCGGCCGUGUUGUUCUUCCCAUUCCCACCGGUCUUUUGGCUCACGGCUGGACUAUUGCUUGUACGGGCUGGGCUGAAUCAGAUGGACCAGGCGCCCAGGUCGGCGUUCAUUGCAGCGGUCGUCAAGUCUGACGAAAGGACUGCUGUUAUGGGUAUCACUGCGAUGAUCAGGACUCUGGCUGCCAUGACGGGGCCGACGCUUACCGGGUUCCUGGCUGCCGAGAAGCAGUUCUGGAUUGCCUUUGUGCUGGCAGGGAUAUGUCGAUUGGCUUAUGAUUUCGGGUUGUAUGCCAUGUUUGUCAAUAUGAAGCUCUAUCAGCAUGAGAGUAAGGAUCAUCUGCCCAAUGGUAAUGGUCGUCCAGUGGCUCAGCAAGAUGAUGAGGAAGAGGUGGAGUUGGAGAGUUUGGCUGAUUCGGAGGACACUCUCGAUGGUACGAAAUGAUCUCGUGGAGGAUUUGGCAAGGCUUGGGAAGGCUGCUUGUCGGCUGGUCUGUCAAGUCGCGUUCAGGGGUUAGGGUCCAGAAGAACGGCUAAGGAUGCUUAUUUAGUGGUCUUCUGGGGGAAAUGGGCACGGCCGAUGUCAUUAUUAGGCAGCAGCCAAGCUCCAGGUUCGCAUCUUUCCAGCCACUAUUUGCUAAAGGGCCGCCAAACCACCUGCUACAACUUUCUUCACCU